AUGAUCUUUGGUCUAAUCGAAAAGCUUCACAACAAUGAUCUUCAGACUAAGGAUAUAUUUUUAGUGCUAAAUUCUGUUAGCUCGAAGUAUAUUUACAAGCCUGAUGUCUAUAAUGCUGUGAGCUGUCAGCGCAAUAUAGCAACAAAAGCUGCACAUAAUGACGAACGUGAUCAAGAGGGGGUAUUCAUUCAAGCAAUCUUCUGGACAUAUCAUAGUGCAAUUUCUGAGUUAUUAAUUGCAAAAGAUGUUCUGCUAAUUGACGCGACAUAUAAGACAAACAGAUUUUCAAUGCCUUUAAUUACCAUUUAUAGCAUUGAUCAUUUCAGAUCAACAUAUCCACUAGCCUUUGCAUUUGUUUACUUGGAGACCUAUGAUUUUUAUUAUUGGGUAAUGCAACAAUUAAGUCGAGAUAGUACAGAUGUGGAUCUGGAAGAACUACGUUUAAUAUGCUUACGAUUUGCAUUCGAAUUAUUUGUGAAGCAACAGGGUGAUCUUGCAAAGUUAGCUAAGUAUGAGGUGCUUGAAUAUGAAGAGAAUUUGAUGAAACAUACUUCAGAAUAUGUUCUUGAGACUGGUAAAGUGCUGAAACUAUUACAAAGUGAGUCAAAUAUUGUGCAACAAAAGAUUUUGAAAAUGAUUAGCAUUGAUAAUGCAACAAAUAGUGACAAUAUUGAGAUGUUCAAAGGAAAACAUACACGUGAUUGCUCUUCUAAUAACAGACAUAUCCAUGGUACAGAAGAGAAAGAAAAUAAAGUAUCUUUAAAGAAGCGAAAAACAGAUAAUGAUAUGAUGCUGCACUUGGCUGACAUAAAGUCUGAUCCACGUAUUUCUCAAAAUUUAAUAUUGCAGGUAUAUAAUCCAAUUGAAGAUAAUAAUUGUGGUUUUCGAUUACUAGUCAUGGCUAUCUUUAAGAAUGAAGAAUGCUGGCAAGAUAUCAAAAAUAAAAUGAGAUUUUAUUUAAUUAAAUGA